GGGAGAAAGGCUGCGGUUUUUAGGACGCGCGUUCUGGGCCUCGGCGGCCGCCGUUACCGGUGCUGUGGGAGCCGCUGGGUCUUGAGGCCCGCCAGCUGUACCCUCCUGCCAUGAUCGUGGUGUUCCGAGUCCGCCGUGGCUCCUCGCUGCCCGGGAAACUGCGGGAUGCCGCCGCCCAGUACUGGCGGUCGGUCGCCCGCGAGAACUCGAGCACUGGCACGGGGAAGAACAAAUACCGGGAGACGGUGCUGCUGCCCCGCACCGACUUCCCCAUGAGACCGAGCGGCCAGGAGCUGUUGGAAAAAGAGCUGCAGAUCCAGAGGGAAUGUGGGUUUUCAGAGCUAUAUUCGUGGCAAAGAAACAGGAAAGGGAAAGAAUUUUGUGUUCACGAUGGCCCACCUUACGCAAAUGGUGACCCUCACGUUGGUCAUGCCUUAAAUAAAAUAUUGAAGGAUAUCAUUAAUAGGUUUCAGGUGAUGAGAGGCUCCAGAGUUCACUUUAUACCAGGCUGGGAUUGUCAUGGGUUGCCUAUUGAACUUAGAGCCUUGGCAGAAUGUGGUGAAGAAGCUAAAACAUUUUCUCCAAUGGAGAUCAGACAAAAAGCCAGAGAAUUUGCAGAAAGAGCGAUUGAGUGUCAACGAGCAGCUUUCAUUCGAUGGGGUGUGAUGGCCGAUUGGGAUAAUUGUUAUUAUACGUUUGACAAAGAGUACGAGGCUAAACAGUUACAAGUUUUCCACAAAAUGUUUGAUGAGGGGUAUAUUUAUCAAGACUACAAACCUGUAUUUUGGUCUCCUUCUACGAGGACAGCCUUGGCUGAAGCUGAACUUGAAUACAAUCAGCAGCAUGUUAGUCGGUCGACAUAUGUCAAGUUUCCUCUCAUAAAAGUCCCCCCCAAAUUAGCGUCAGCAUCAGGGGGUGUAUCCUCUGUUCAUGCUUUAAUCUGGACUACCCAGCCUUGGACGAUUCCAGCUAACCAGGCAGUUUGCUAUAUGCCAAAUGCUGAGUAUUCUCUAGUGAAGUGCUUAAAUACAGAAGAACUCUACCUUCUAGGUACAGAAUGUGUAGAAUCUACAGCAGCUAUCCUGGACACGCAGUUUGAUAUUCUUCAGACAGUUAAAGGUUCUGAUUUAAAAGGUGGAGUCUGUAGCCAUCCCACAAUUCCUGGAAGAGAAUCCCAGCUUUUGCCUGCAAACCACGUCACAAUGGUGAAAGGGACAGGGUUGGUCCAUACUGCCCCAGCUCAUGGAAUGGAAGAUUAUGGUGUCGCUUCCCACCACAAACUCUCUGUUGAUUGUUUAGUGGACGAAAAUGGUUUUUUCACUGAAGCGGCUGGAUUGGAGCUUCAAAACAAGUAUGUCCUUAAUGAAGGAAAUGAAACAGUCAUCCAAAUGUUGCAUGGGGCGAACAUGCUGUUGAAAGAGGAAGACAUAAGACACAGUUACCCGUAUGACUGGAGAACAAAAAGGCCAGUAAUUAUACGAGCCAGCAAACAAUGGUUUGUGGAUACUGCAAAUAUCAAGAACAGAGCCCAGGAGUUGUUGAAGAAAGUAAAACUGAUUCCACAUUCAGCAAUGAACAGUAUGCUUGCCAUGUUGGACAGAAGGACAUAUUGGUGUAUUUCAAGACAGCGUUGCUGGGGCGUACCCAUUCCUGUUUUCUAUCACAAGGAAACUGCAGAACCUCUCAUAAACAAAUACACAGGGAAGCAUCUUAUCAAACUGAUGAAAGAACAUGGUAGUGACUGUUGGUGGACUCUACCUUUGGACCAGCUCCUGACGAAGGAAAUUUUAAAAAAGAGUGGAGGUUCUGAUGUGUCUGAUUAUGUCAAGGGAGAGGAUAUCUUAGAUAUUUGGUUUGAUAGUGGCACCUCAUGGGCACAUGUAUUAGAAGAUGUCAGUAAUGUUGCAGAUGUGUACCUGGAGGGGAAGGAUCAACUGGGUGGUUGGUUUCAAUCCUCACUGCUCAUCAGUGUAGCAGCUGAGAAACAGAUUCCAUAUCGCAAAUUGGUGGUCCAUGGAUUCACACUCAAUGAAAGUGGUGAAAAAAUGUCCAAAUCCAUUGGAAAUGUGGUAGAUCCAGAUGUUGUUAUUAAUGGAGGAGUGGAUCCAAAACAAGACCCACCCUAUGGUGCCGAUGUUCUUCGCUGGUGGGCAGCAGAAUCGAAUGUUUUCACAGAGAUUUUAAUUGGACAAAAUGUACUGCAAGCAGCAAGAGAUGACAUUUUUAAGUUACGGAAUACAUUGCGCUUUAUGUUGGGGAACCUUCAUAAUUUUAACCCUGAAACUGAUGCAGUUCCCAGUGAACAAAUGCUAAUGGUGGAUCAAUAUAUGCUUCAUCUCCUUCAAGAUUACAGCACCAAGGUUACAGAGGCCUAUAAGGAGUGUGAUUUUGGAAAAGUUAUUCGCCUUCUGUUGGCAUUUAUUAACCGAGAACUGUCUAAUUUUUACUUCAGCAUCAUCAAAGAUCGACUAUAUUGUGAAGAUGAGAAAAGCUCCAAGCGUCGAUCAUGUCAGACAGUUCUGGAUGAAACAUUAGAUGUAAUCACACGUUCUGUAGCCCCAAUCCUGCCUCACCUUGCAGAGGAAGUAUUCCACCACCAUUCAAACCAAAAAGACCCUGAGAGUGUGUUUCGAACUGGCUGGAUAAAGGCUAGUUCUGUGUGGAGGAAGCCUGGCAUUGUGGAGGCUAUUGAAGGCGCUUGCGCGAUAAGAGACAGCUUCUUGAGCUCUAUACCUGGCAAAAACGCACUGGAAUAUGAUAUAACCAUUAUCAUUGAGCCCAGUUUGUUCUUGGAGUUGAUGGAGCAACUACAAGGUGAAGAAAUAUCCAGUACAUCACAACUGAAUGAGCUGAUGAUGGCAUCACACACUACGUUGCUUACUGCUGUUCCUCCUGACUUGCGUACAGAGACAGAUUUUAUUGAGGGGAAGUUUGAAAUCAAUUUAGAAGGUGGUGAUAUUGUUGAAGAAACAUCAUACAAAGUAAUUGUUCAAUCAGCUACCAAAGAAAGAUGUCCUCGCUGUAAGAAAUACACAUCAACAUCAGUGUUAACACCCUGCCCACGUUGCUUGGACACCAUUGCUGGGAAGUGGAGUGUUUAAAUUUGUCAACAAUUAUUCCUGUAAGCGCUGAAUAAAGAUGAAUAUGCACUGUAAGACUAGAUUACACAAGUCAACUAGAUGUUUCAUCACUACAUUCCCACCUCUAAUGUCUUGUGUUAAAUUUUGGUGGGGCUUUGUCAAAAUUACCAUUCACAAUUGGAUAUUAGGAGUAAGGGGAUUCUGUACAUAUGGAUAUGGUAUAUCUUCUGUUUCUAGAAUUAAAUUUUGACUAUAGUUUUGCACCUAAUGUACAGAGAGAAGAAUAAUUAGUUAAUUUCCAGUUUUCCCAACUCAAUUACUAGAUAACAUUUGUUUUGAUAUUUGCCUUUUUAAAAUUGUAUGAUAGCAAAUUCUCCCAAACUUUAUAAACUAUCAUGUCAAAUCUAAAUUGAUUAACAAACUACACUCAUUAAAGAUGCUGGCUAAUACAACUUAAUAGGGUUCUAAUGAAUCGCUAUGCUGCUUGUUGUAAAACAGCUUUGAAAGGAAUUAUGGGCUCUGUGUAAUAAAGAUUUUCUGGAUUUAU